GAUGAGGAAGAGGAGAGUAAAGCAGUAGUUCAACAGAAGAGCUUUACAUUGAAACAGUUGAUACGAAAAUUACACAUUACAGAGCCAGUGGAACAUGUCAUGUCACUUAUCGGAAAAAAAUAUCCAGAUAAUUUAGAAGAUUUUUAUAAAGCUCGUUUACCUGGAACAUGGGAUGAGGAGAGGGCAGGUAAACGAAUGAAACUACCUGUACCUGAAACCUGGGAAACUCAGGUGUCUCUCAAGGGAAAUAAAGCUACAACCUGGCAACAAUUAUUAGAUAAUAAAAAAUUACCUUUCAUGGCCAUGUUACGUAAUUUACGUAAUCUGAUAAAGGCAGGAAUAUCAUCAAAACAUCACGCAGGUGUUAUAAGACGUCUGACAGAUGAGAGACAGGUGAUCAACAGUAGACAGUUCCCGUUCCGAUUCUUCUCGGCUUAUGAGGCUCUCACUCAACUAGCUAAAGAGUAUGAACAAAAUCAGAGUAAUUUAGUUUCUGAAGCUGAAGCUAAGGCUGGUGCAGAUUCACAUCCACCAGGUCCUAUGGCUACUAGAGGACGCGGUCUUGCUGCUAGAGGACGAGGACGUGGUGCUGGACGAGGUAGAAAAGGUGGAAGAGCCAAACCAAAAGGAACAGGGUUUGAAUGGUGGCUCAAGAAAAAAGCUAAAAAUCAGGGGACAAAGGAGGUAUCAUAUGAUAUGGCUAUUAUUGGUCGAUACAAGAAAGCUCUCGAUGUAGCUGUCCAGAUUGCUACUAAAUAUAAUGUACAACCAAUCAAGGGAAGAACAUGGAUAUUCUGUAAUGUUGAUGAUGACAUGGAUUCUCCGUGCCAGUCUGCUAAAGGAUUGGGAAAACCGAGAACGAGAAAAGAAAUUGGAAUCUUGAUGGGUUUAAUGUGUAAAUAUUCAUGUGAAGAAAGUCAGAUGAUCCUAUUUGAUGGAACCGAUUACAGUUCCGUGGAUCUACAGAAAGGCACAAUCCUAGAAAACAUGGAGGCUGCUCUAAAAGCCACCCCUGAGAAACAGUUUGGUAUAAUGUAUUCUUCUUCACCUGCUGAGCACUCAUUACCUUUUAAGGUAUUCUAUGAUGCGUUACGAGACAGACAACAGAUUGAUAAUUUAAUUAUAAUUAGUGAGGAUAAUUUUCAAUUAGAACAUUUUCUACCUGUCUAUAGACGAUUGGUCAAUCCAAACCUUGUCUUUGCUUCUAUAAGCUUGAAGGGUUACCGAGCAGGUUUUUCAGACGAGAUUGUACCAGCUCAUGAUAAUGAUAUCUAUAUAUCUGGAUACAGUGAUCAAAUACUGAGGUACAUUGCCGAGAAGAGUGAUGGAGGUCAGCUACUCCAUGUUGAAAAUAUUGACGAAGCUUACAAACUGAAAGCCAUAGCAACAGUUGCCUUGGAUACCACACUGGAGAAAGAAAUCACCAAGGCAACACCAGAAAAACCUUUACCAAUCGUUUCUCAAGUUCCAAGAUGGAGAACAGCAAGGGUUUUUAUAUCAUCAACAUUCCGUGAUAUGCACGGUGAAAGAGAUUUACUAACAAGAUUUGUCUUCCCUGAGUUACGAGAUCGCGGAAGCAAGCGAUUUAUUAACAUCUAUGAAGUUGAUUUACGAUGGGGUGUAACUGAGGAAGAUACUAAAAACAACAGGGCGCUGUCUUUGUGUCUACAAGAAAUAAAGAGAUGCCAGUUUUUCCUGGGUAUACUGGCUGAGAGAUACGGAUACAUGCCUGAAACAUACGAUGUUCCAGAUACGUCAGAAUAUGAUUGGGUAAAGAAUUAUCCAGCAGGAGCAUCUGUUACAGAAUUGGAAAUGCAUUAUGGGGCCUUAGCAGGUCCACAAGCUGUGGCCGAAAGAGCCUUCUUUUAUUUUAGAGACAGAAGAGUUGAAUAUGACAUACCAAAUGAAUUCAUCCAACAUUUUAAAUCUGAGAGUGAAGAAACCAACAUGAAGAUGAAUAAAUUAAAGAACAGAAUACGAGGCAGUGGAUUAGAAGUUUAUGAUGGUUAUCCAAGUAGAUGGGCUGGUGUUGUCAAUGACAAGGCAUUAGUUGGAGGUUUAGAGGACUUUGGAUUACGAGUCAUAAAUAAUUUGUGGACAGCCAUUGAGAAAUAUUAUCCUGACGAGUCGGCCAUGUUGGAUGAAGAAUCACACAACAGUAAUUUACAUGAUGCGUUCGUAGAAGAUCGCCAAUCACAGUUUAUUGGCCGAACAUCAUUGAUUAAACAAUGUAUCACCAAAAUUACCUCCCUUAAACAUGGAUUACUUGGAAUUGUGGGUAAAUCAGGCUGUGGAAAGUCGUCUUUAAUGUGUCGUUUGAUUCAUCAAUAUCUAGAGAGUAAACAUUGUAGUGGCGCCAACACAGUGGUUGUACAUAUGGUCGGAGCAGCACCAGGAUCUACAAACAUUGUAGCAACAAUAAGACGACUGUCACAUCAUCUCAAUGCUCAGUUUGGUUUACAGAUGAAAAUCCAGGAAGAGUACAGGAAUUUGGUUGUACAGUUUGGUGAUAUUUUAGAAGAAGCCAGUAAAUUAUGUCGUUCUAAGUUGGUUCUAUUUAUUGACGGUGUGGAUUUAAUGGAGCAAUCCCAUCAACCUUAUAGUUUGGAAUGGCUGCCAAAACCGUUACCGAAGAAUGUUGCCAUAGUGAUGUCAGUAUUAGAGGGAGACAAAUAUCAUCAAUCUUUAAAACGAUUGGCUGCCGAGGAGAUAAUAGUUACUGGACUUGAUAUGUUCGAUAAAUCAGAAAUAAUCCGUAAAACUCUGGCUACACAUCGUAAAACUUUAGACGAAUCACCGUUUAAUAAUCAGUUAAAGUUACUGGUGUCAAAGAAAGAAGCACCUAAUCCCCUUUUCCUCAAGUUAGCCUGUGACGAACUCCGAGUCUAUGGUUUGUUUGAUAAGAUGAGCCAGAAAUUAAAGAGUUUACCUCACACUAUACCAGCGUUACUACAAGAGAUAUUAUUACGACUAGAGACAGAUCAUGGAUGUGAUUUGAUCUCCACUACACUCUGUUUAUUGGUUUCUGUUAGAAAUGGUUUGUUAUCAGAGGAAUUAUGGGAUUUACUAAAUUAUCAGAGAAUUCUGGGAAAAUCCCGAUUUACCGUGAUGGAUAUUGUAAAUACAGAGUUAAAAAAUGAUAACAUUAUACCACCUGCUAUUUUCUCGUAUUUAAGACGAUCAAUUCAAGGGUUCCUCAAUCCAACAAGUUCUAGUGAUUCAAGAUUAGAAUUAGCCCACGUUGAAAUAUCCCAGGCUGUGCGCCACAGAUAUUUAAAGGGCGUGGCAGCAUUAGAAUUGGAAAUGAACCUACAUAAAUUACUAGCAGGGUAUUUUUAUCGUUUGGCAGACCCUGAGAAUAAUGGAUCUUUUACUGGAAAUAAUACAAGAGCUUUUAGUGAACUCGUUUAUCAUUUGACUCGUAGCGGUAGUUUUAAGGAAUUGGAGAAAGUCAUCUGUAAUUCCUGUUACAUCAAUCAGAAAUGUCACUUGGGUCUGGCUGCUGAUCUUUUGGAUGAUUACACCCCGAAACACAGCCCCAAUAAAUCUCUAGAAAGAGAACAGAACAAACUGCUGACAUCACUCAGAGUUCAAGACUACAAGUCUUUUGUAUCCAGGAAUAUUCACAUUUUCACAAGUUAUCCAGCACUAACAUGGCAACAAGUCUUGAACGAACCAGACAGUUCUACAGUAUUAAAGGAUUAUCGUCUGAUCGACAAUACCCCAACGCAAUACAUGAUAUGGCAGAAUAGACCAGACAAUGUAGAUGCUUGUUACCAGACCAUCAGUAACCUAAAGCAUGCUGUAACAUGUGUAGCUAUAUCACCUGACAGUUUAUAUUUUGCAACAGGUGGCAAAGAUUGCAUUGUACGUCUUUACGACCUACAGACCGGAAAGGAAGUAAAGAUGUUUUGUGGUCACUCAGAUCCAAUCUCUGAUGUUUGUUUUGCUGGUAAAACGAUUCUAUGCAGCGCCUCCUAUGAUAAUUCUGUCUCCUUGUGGCACGUUGACAACGGACACAGAAUUGCUGUAUUAAGUAAUCACAAACGUCGCGUUAAUUCAUGUUCAGCUAAUGAAUCUGGUAAACUGGUAGCCACAGCAUCAUGGGAUUGUACGGUCCGUGUCUGGAGUACGAGUAAAGGGGAACAAGAAUGUUAUUUGAACGUCGGCAGUCCAGUAAAUUGUGUAGAUUUCCAUCCAGAAGGUCAGCUGAUUGUAACAGGAAGUUGGGACUCACUCAUCAAAAUCUGGGAUGUUUUCCACAAAACUCGAAAAGCUGUUUUAAGAGGCCAUACAACAUCCGUACGAGACGUAGCCUACUCCCCAUCUGGUCGUCAUAUAGCAUCAGCAUCACUUGAUGGAAUGGUCAAAUUAUGGUCGGCUCUUAACGGAACACAGGUUGGCAAUAUACAAGGUCACAGUCUACCAAUCAACAAGUUGACCUUUACUGCUACAGGUCAUAAUCUGGUUACCGUUAGUGAUGAUCAGAAGGUCAAGAUUUGGUCAGAAUAUCUUGGUGUGCCAGUACAUUGUUUGGGAUCUGAGUCAGACGGACCCGUGACUUCAGUGGCACUAUCUAGUGAUGGCUGUCAUUUAGUAGCAGGUUAUCACGAAGGUCAAAUACGUGGCUACGAUGUUAAAUCAGGAAUGAGACAGUACAGUGUUAAACAUAGCUCCAGUGCUGUUAAAGUUAUUAAAUUUACAACAGGAGAUAAAAAUAUACUAAUUGGUGUAGAUAACGGUAAUAUCAUGUUAUUAACCCAGUUUGGAGGUCAGAAAGUGAGCUUGUUAAGAGGACAUAGUAAGAAUGUUUUAUGUAUAGAUACAACUAAAGAAUAUAUUGUAACUGGUGGUGAAGAUUCUACUUGUUGUGUUUAUACCAAUGUUAAAAAGAUCAAAACAUCGAAACAAGUUGAAGCUGAUGUGAUAUUACAUCACCAUACAGCUGCUGUGACUGGUUGUUCUUUUAAUACAGCUGGAACAAUGUUUGCUACUUCCAGUCGAGAUGGGUCUGUAAUGAUCUGGGAUAUAAAGAUCGUAUUAUUAAACCCUGAGGCGCCACCUAUCCAGUAUCUUAACUCCUGCCAUUCUGAUUGGAUCAAUGGUUGUAUAUGGUCAAACAUCGGGGAUCAUUUGGUGACAGCAUCAAAUGAUUUUAAUCUGAAGAUUUGGGAUGUGAAGCUUGACAAUCCUGAAGAACAGACGAGUGAGAAACAGAGGUUAACAGGUCACAUGUCAGCCAUUAAUUGUCUCUCAUAUCAGUUUGGUUGUAUCGUAUCUGGGUGUAGCGAUGGUUCAGUAAAAGUUUGGUCCCAUAAAGGAACAGAGAUAACAACACUACACGGCCAUACACAACGUGUUAAUGGAUGUUCCAUGUAUGUUAAAACUACAGAAGAGGAAGUUCCUCAGGAAGAAGAUAAAGAAGAAGAUGCUGCGCUUGAUUGUUCUGAUUGGUCUGUGGAUCCUGAACCCCCAAAGAAAAAAAGUAAAAAACCUGCCAGUAAAUUAUCUGAUGUGGUUGUAGCCACUUGCAGUGAUGAUGGUACUAUACGAAUAUGGAGACCAUUACAGGCAUAUGAGUUGGCCUCUCUGACAGGUCAUUCAGACAGGGUCAUCUCUGUGGCAGCAGAUAGAACAGGAAACGUAUGUACAUCAUCUCUAGAUAAAUCAGUUCGACUCUGGUCACCCAAAUUGAGUGAGGACAUUCCAGUCGGACGCCAUGACAGUGACAUCACCUUUACAGUAGCAUCAAUUGAUAAGAAAAUGGUUCUGACUGGUAGUAGAGAUGGCUGUGUUAAAAUAUGGAGAAGUGAUAAUUACGAUGAGAUGAAAUGUUGUUAUAGUUUUCAGGCUGACGAGACGAGUGUAAAUGCGGCCUGUUUCAUCAAUAAAGCUGGUACUAAAUUUGUCACCACAGACAACCGUAAUAACAUAGCCGUGUGGGAUAUAACAGAAAAAGAUGGAGUCACACUUGUGACAUUAAACCAUAUAUUUGUCAGUGAAACUUUGAUACUGUCCGUGACUUGGGGUCAACAUCAACCGGAGCUAUUGCGAUCCGUUUUCUGGACAUUAGAUUGGAAAGGAUCUUUGUGUGGCUGGAAUCUUAACACCAAAAAAUGUCAAUUUAAAAAACGACUAGACGAGAACAUUCAACCAUUUGGUACACUUUAUAAAGUCAAGUUUGCUGGCAACUCUGCCGAUAUCUUGGUUACAACAACACGUGAAGUAUUUGGAUUUAUAAAUUAUAAAGAAUUAGUUGCAACAGAAUAUGAUAUACAAGCUCUUGAUUUGAGUUAUAAGUCGGUACUAGAAGACGACGAGGAUGACGACGAAGAGUCAGAUGAAGACGAUACACCCGUUGCUAAACGUGAGAGGACCUGGAUCCUAGACAUGGCACAAGACACUUAUCACUGUUACUAUGGCGAUUCCAAGGGGCAGUUAACUCUGUACAAAGUUGAGGAGGAUACUGUAUUCACAAUGAAGGUCCACAGUGCUGCUAUCAACUGUGUUGUUAGAACUCCUAACUAUUUAUUUACUGGUUCAGCUGAUUGUACUAUUAAAGUUUGGGAUUUAAAAGCCAUACAGAAUUGGGAAUUAGAUAAUGCUCAGGUUGGACAAUUUUUCUGUACGUCUCCUGUAUUAACGUUAAUAGAAAUCAAGAACACAAACUCUGCUGAAGUUAAAUUAAUGUCCGGUGAUCAGCUAGGUAACAUUACUAUGCUGACAUGGGUGUCUGGAUAAAUGAAGACUACUGUGGAAUAUGGUGGAUAACAAUAUUAUAUACCCUAUGUAAUCCAAACAUUUGAGACGACUGGAUAGACCACCUUGAAAACAUUUCAGAUUUCAGGCAUACAAUGUAGAUGUUAAUAUUUGACUACAUCUAAUAUGAUAAUAUAAAAACAAAUGUUGAUUAUAUUCUUGCCAUGUAGGGGACAUUAACUUUAAAUUAAUGUAUGGUUAUUUUCUAUUCCUUUUGAACAUUUUUUUCUCUCACCUGAUUAAUGUGUAAAACUGUGCCAUUACUCUUGAGAAGAUGAUCGAAAAAUUAAUUAAAACAAAUUUUGUUUGUUUCUGCUAUCAAUAAAUAUGUUAUAGAGUAACAUUUUAGGCCUAAAGAAAGACCUGCAAUAGGCAGAUUUACAUCUUGCAUAACUUGCAUAAUGUAUGUUUAAUGUUGUUGUGUAAAUAAUUAUAACUGUUUUGUUAAUUUAUUUUUAUUGACUGUGAUCUACAUAUGUAAAUGGAAUGUUUUCUAUCACAAAUGUAACUUGUUUUAUAAUAAAAAAUAAAAAUAUAAAAAAAAUAUAUGUAAAUAUUGUAGAUAUACGUACUUACUACUUAAUCUUUCUAGAACAGGUGAUACCACUUCCAGUGUAGGAAUUUCAUCUAAUUAAGUAAGAUUAAAAGAAGUUAACCCUUGUUAGAAGAAAUGCUAAUUUGCUGUAAUUUAUAACAAUAUUGUGAAUAUAGUUUCUGCCAGAAGAUUUUGUGAAUUAUGUAAUUAGUUAGGUGACUGGAAAAUCAAGAUGAUUGUAUUAUGUAAUUGGUUAAAUGUAACUGGAAAAUCAAGAUGAUUAUAUUAAUUAUGUAAUUAGGUACCAGUUGACAAAGGGUCAUCAUGGAUCAAAAACACUAUUUCUCCACAUAUUGUCCUGUUAACUUUGUUACUCAGGUAUUGUUUUUAUUUUGAAUUAUGUAUUUAGUGUAUAUGACAAAACAAAAACCAAGAUAUAGAUUAAAUGUAGACCUGAAUUAUUGUUUAGUAUUUAAAACAGUUUGUACAAUAACCAUUUCAUAAUUAUUGUACAAUAAGCUUAUAUUUGUCGACUUUAUUAUGAAAUAUUUAAGAGAUUUUGUACAAUAAUCUUUUUUUUGUAUUACAGUAAGGUUAUAUUAUGAAUUGUAGAUAUUUAAUCGAAUUUAUAUAAUUAACCUUUUCAUCAUUUUUUGUGACAAUCAGCUUAUUUUGUAGACUUCAUAAUGAAUUAUUCUGUGUAAAUAUUUGAAAGAUUGUAAAACUGCCAUUUGUUUCGGGUGGGCAAUUGUAAUUUAACAUUUUGUAUUUAUCAUUUUGUAAUUAACAUGUAUUUAAUAUGAUUUGAUAUUAUUUUUAAAAUCAAGAAAGAACUUUGAAUUUAAUGAGAAGAAGUUCAUUAUCUUUUGGACAUUAACAAAGUUAUAACUAAAAUAUACCAGUAAAUUUAAUUGUUUAAGUGAAUGUAUUGUAGUCUAAGAGAGACACAUCUAAAAUAAGAAUACAGAUUUUUAUCUAGCAGUAUUUCACCGAUAUAUUAUAAGCCUCUAAUUCAUGGCUGGUAUAAUAAAUAGAAAAAUCAUAAAGGAUAGGAUAGGAAGAAUUAAAUAAAAUAAACUAAACUAUUAAAAGAUUUCUGUCUUUGUAUUCCAAGAUAUAUGUUAAGGCUAAAAAUAUACACAAUUUUAAGCCUCCUACGCAGAGAGCUGAAACAAGAUAAGGUUUUGUUUUAAAGACGACAAGGAAGUAUAAUAGAUAAAUAGGUUUUAAGUUGAAUUAUAUCCAAGACUAUUAUUUAUAUAUUAGGGUAGGACAAGUUAAUUGGGUAGAAAGGGUGUAACAUGAUUAUUUAAAUAUACAGAAUUAUUUGUCUUUGAGUAUUAUUUUAUUAAGGGAGGUAACUUUGUUUUAAAAGGGGUUGGGAGAAGAGGGGAGGGGAUUACUGAGAGGGAUUAUUUUUUUUAAGGAUAAUGUUCAGGGGUUAUUUUUAUUUCGAUAUAUAAAAAAAAUUUCAAAUCAAUUGUAUUUAAUUUUUGGGAUUUUGUCAAAUUUUUGUGUAUUUAAAUCAAUUGAACGAGUUGAGCCGAGUGGGCUGGGUUAGGCUCAGUGGGUUGGGCUGGGUUGGGGAGUGUAUAUGGUAGUGUGAAUGUAGUGAAUAAAUAUAUUAUUAUUUAAGAAGACUGAUUGUAUGCAUGAGUUGUUUUUGUCAGACUGGGUGUUCCAUAAAUAUUCUUAGCUUUCUGUGUUUGAUUUAGUCCCUGUCCUUUUAUUUUAUUUAAUUUAAAGUAUGGAUUAAAAUCUCUUUUUAAUAAAUCUGGGAAGGCUACUCGCCACUUUAUAGUUUCAUGUUUUAAAUAAAAUAGUUCUCUUCUCUAGCAUUUCCAGGGAAAUGCUUAUUUGUGGGUUGGGAGUGGGGGAAGUAGGCCUAGUUAUUAUUUAUUUUUUCCUAAUACCACAAAGAUUGAUCAGUAGUUUAUGGUCCACUUCCAAUGUUGAUUUGCACUAAUCUCCUUGUCUUUUAUUCAUUGAAAGUGAUUUAAAGAAAAAUUUAAUUAAAAUUGUUUGUUUUGUUUUGUAGUGUUCACUUCUUUUAAAUUUUCUAUAUUUAUUUAUGGAAUAUCCAGUUCCGGUUUGUCUUUUUUUAUUUUUCAUAUGUAAAACAUUUAUGGAACACCCACUCCACCAAUAGUUUUUAUUAAUGACUAUUCUAUACAGUGUGUUUAAACACCAGUAUAGAAUUCAGAGAGAGUCGCCAUCUUCUAUUUAGGAAGCUUUGUUUCACUCUGACAGUCCUUGUUUUUGUUUGUUUUUUUUCUAUCUAUGAAUAAAUUUAUAUUUAUAUAAUUAUAA